GCCCCAGUUACACGCUACCGGAUUCGUAUCGGUGCGAUAUUAAUUUAAGGUGUUUUCCAGGCUUGUCUGCUCUUACAACUUUUCAUAUUUGAAGCUUUUGUUUAAUUAUGGUAUAUUAUCAUAAUUUUAAGUGCCGAAUUUACCGCGAAGCAGUAAAAUUUGAUGUCCCGCUGAUGCCGCACUUCGUGUCCUCAAAUUUCCCUAGAUGUACACGUACGUCAUGCUCAUGCUUUAUUGCGGCCUUUUUGGAUCGAAACUUGUGGAUUAAACAAUCAAGAGCAUAAUUGUGAAAAGCAAUAAAAGUAAAAAAAAAAAUUGUUGAAGUUGUUGAAAGCAAUAGGCAAUUCCAGCUUUUAGUUUAUGCGUGCAGGGGGUGAUGGGAAGUAAUUAAGGUCUCAUAUUGCCGAUUAUGCUGAAAAAAUAAAAAUGGUGGCCGUGGAAACACGGAGUGAUAGCUUAUACUUGUAAAUAUUGAAAUAUUUCGGUUGUUUCGGCAGUUUUUAUUGAAAUUUUUCAGCAUAAUCAGCAAUGUGAUACCUUCCCCUGCGCGCAUGAACUAAAAGCUGGAAUUGCCUAUUGACGAAAAGUUGUAGAAAAGGUGUUGAAAGCAAUGACGUAUUACCAAAUGACGAAUAACCACGCGAACGACACUUGCUAGGAAGAUGGCGACCAUGGGAGACAUGGUACAACUUUUUUACUAAAGUUACACAUCUGUCCUUACUUAAUCUAUGCCCCCUGCUUCUCCUCGAUCAGUGUUGUUUCCCUAAUCCACAUUUCUCGCAAGAAAAAUAAUUUGGAAACUCGUAAAACACUCGGCCGGAAUAUAUGUCAAAGGUCAAACCUGAUUACAGUAUAUGUCAAUAGACAACCCCCAAAUCCUUUUUUGACUGUAUUUGUCUUUGCUAUUGUGCAUGAAAUGGAAACUGCUGUGUCUGUAGCAAUAUGAUGUAAUACGAUCUCGCUGCGCUAUUGUAAACACUCAAUGGGAAAGUCCCUUGAUAAAACACCCCGGUAUAGGAGGAUAACUAUCUAUAUUCAUGCAUUUAGCACGCUCUAUCUGCGAUCAAACGCGCAUUUAUCUUUCCUUAUUUUGAUAUAAUGGCUUGAGCAUUAGCUGUUGUAAUGAAAUGUUGUGCCCCAUGUAUGUAUAUUCAGCCAUUUUCAAUUUUUGCCAUGUCACUAUCGUAUGGUGCCAAUCAAAACGAAAGGGAAGCUCCCUCAAAUAUUUGAAUACGUUGUCUGCAUGAGGUAAAUGUUUUAGUUCAGUUCGAGAUUUUGUAGCGACCGGUAGCUCUGUUUUGCGAUGGCAUUCAGUAAGACUUUGAACGGCCAAAUUUGGGAAUAUAUUGAGAAACGUGAUAGCAAGGAGCAAAGGAAAUUACUAGAAUGGCAACUGCAAGCAAGAGAGCCGAUCUACGAAUUCUCAGACAUGAAAGUGGGCGAUCAUUUGAUCAAGAAGAAAUCGGUCUGCGGUAUGGUUUUGUACUACCAUCAUUUUCUGUGCAUCGGAUCAGAAGGCGACGGACGGCCAACGAUUAUUCACUAUUCUAACACUGCGACAAACGCGCUCCGACAGUUUCGUAAAACGUUCGGUUUUGGCUCGGGUUCAGCUCUUGGACAGCUCGGUAUUGUGCAGGAGGUGACCUUGCCACAUAAAGAUUUUAUCGAAAGCGAAAGUGAAUUACAAAAGAAAGGCGCCGAAGUCGAAAGGGUAGUUUGGCCCGACGAACUGAGACGCUAUCCUAUAGAAGAGGUAAUGGAAAUUAUACAUUUAAAAUGUUUUUUUCUAUGAAUUAAAUUUAUAAGGCUGCAUUAAAUUUACAUACUAAUGAAUAGGGAUUCCCCCAUUUCCGCAGCAAAAAAUGUAACAAAAUAUAGUAGUUUAAAAUGGCAAUUUAAUCGCAGUACAUUUAGGCAGAGGUCAUAUAGAUUGAUUCAGUUGAAUACUCAUCAUGCAUGCUGUACUGUAUGUUAAUCAUACGGCGGUUAGUCGUUUGAGGUUUGCAUUCUGACGUUUGAUACGAUGGCCGAGAAGGGCCAUGACUGUAAACACUCGCCGUUUUUUUUUACCAUUACACUCGUCGUUUUAUUCCCUUCAAAAUUACACUCGCCGUUUUUUUCUUCAGAAUUACACGCGACGUUUUUUCAGUUAUGAUGCAAUAAUUACACGCGACGUUUUUUCAAUGCAAUAUUAAUACACGCGACGUUUUUUCAAUGCAAUAUUACACGCGACGUUUUUUCAAUGCAAUAAUUACACGCGACGUUUUUUCCAAAAAUUACACUCGCCGUUUUUUUUAGAGUUACGUUUUAAACUGAGGGUUUCACUUCGGACGAAGAUGGGAGCAAUUAUGUAAGGUUAUGUGUGUUUCAUCAAAACUAAAAAUCAUGUAAAUACAUGAGUACAAAAUUUCACUUUUCAGUCAGUUAAUUAUGAAUAUAUACUGUAAUGCAUUGUUUUCUUUUGUGUUUUCCAAACUAUAUAAACAAAAGCUUUGUGUGUUUUGAAAACAAUGCAUUAAUCAUCAUUCAUAACCGACUGAAAGUGAAAUUUCAUGGCCAGAAAUCACGGACAUGAUUAUUCUACCUUACUAACUUUGCAUAUCCGAUUUAAUACAUAACCCGUUGAAAUAUGGGUUCGAUAGCAAACAGUUGAUUCUAUUACGCGAUGCUUCAAAUCGCAAAAUCAGAGAUUAUUGGUAGUCGUUUGCAGUUUGCCUCGAUUGCUGGUUGCAGAACACGGUGUAUCGUGUAGUGUUUGCCUGGUGUAAGUUACUUCCUAUUCUGCAUUUUCGUUUGUUUCUAGUGGCUAUAGACAGUGCGGUAUCCUUUAAUAUAUAUAAAAUAUAAAUAGACAAAUUCCGUACAAACUAACCUCUGUAGAAAAACUGAAAAUGCAGAAUGGUCACUAACUAAAACCAAGUGGCAAAAUUACGCUAAAUACUUCGACGUACAGACUUGAUUUAUAGCCAGCGACUGAAGCAAGCUACAAACGACCUACCAUAUUCUCGGAUUUUGGGAUUUACAGCAUCGCGUAAUCAAUAAUUUACUGUUUACUGCAGAAGCCAUAUUUCAGCGUGAUAUGCAAAUUUGAUGUCUGGUCACAUGUGUACUGUAUUUACAUGAGUUUUAGUUUUGAUGAAACACACAUGACCUUAAAUGAUUGCUCCCAUCUUCGUCAGAAGUGAAACCCUCAGUUUAAAACGUAACUCCAAAAAAACGGCGAGUGUAAUUUUUGGAAAAAACGUCGCGUGUAAUUAUUGCAUUGAAAAAACGUCGCGUGUAAUUAUUGCAUCAUAACUGAAAAAAACGUCGCGUGUAAUACUGAAGAAAAAAACGGCGAGUGUAAUUUUGAAGGGAAAAAAACGACGAGUGUAAAGGUAAAAAAACGGCGAGUGUUUACAGUCAUGGCCCUUCUCGGCCAUCGUAGUUUGAUCUUUAUUGUAAUUUAGAGACACGUUUGGUAGGCCAAAUUGGGCUGUAUAGAAAUUGCGAAGUUUCACAAACAUACUAGCUUGCCAUUUACGGCAAUAUAUUCAAAAUUAUGAUCAUUGUUAUCAUUUCACAGUCAACAAGCAAGCUAUUUUUCGCUAGACAUUUGUAAUCUGUAUUAAAAUAUUCACUAAUAAUUUAUGAAAAAGUUGAAAAGAAAUUAAUGUUUAUAAAUAUAUGUGGCUUACAUUUCGACAUGCAUGGUUUAAAGAAACUUUACUUUCGAUUCAAGUUGGCUAAAACAAACUGUCUAUACUGUAUAUGCAUGGAUGCAUUCGUGUUAAGGUUACAGGACAGCCUUUUUGGCGUUUUGCGGAAAAUCGCUACUGCGUGCUCAAUAUAUCAAUCCGAUUUUCGUCAAAUUUUCACCAAAUGUUCGCCAGUGCAUGCAAAAUAUGAUAAAGUUGUAAAAUUGACAAACCAUCAAAUAACGUGAGAAUUAUCCCGGAAAAUCUUAAAUCACGGUACCUUUACGCUUUUGAGUUGUUUUCCUGCUGAUUUUAAGAUAUAUUUAUGAAAAUAUCAUUUUUAUGCAGUAAAAUAGUUGUUCUAAAAAAGGUGUUGGGAAAUUUUUGUUUACUUCGUCAUUCCGCUGAUAUGGCGAAUUCUUUGACGACUGCAAUAUAUUUCUUAAUCGUUCGAGUGAGAUACAGAUAGUAGAACUAGUCUAAUGCUUUCAUGGAAACCAAUAAAUACAUUUUAGGCAAAAUUAACACUCAAAGGGGUUCUGUAACCUUAAGUAAAAUCGCCUUCGGUGAGAUACAGAUCGGAUGCAUGCCGAUGCUUUAUAUAUCAAAUGCCUCGUGUUUCGAAAGACCUUAUAGACCUUGAACUAUACAAACACUUUGCACACAAUGUCACUAAAUUCUCCUCAAGUUUCAUGUACGUACUAAUACGUAGACAACGUUUGGUAAAUUGCUCAUCCAAAUUAUGAUAGCAUUGUCCUUAGCAUUACAACACGUACACAAACAAACCGAGGUAAAAUAGGACCUCCUGGAAGAGUUAUAUAGUCGUGACUUCUCUCAGCUUUUCCAUUACCAGAGCAAUAAAACUCUAACUUUGUUAACUAAAGCUGUACUUUUUCGCUUUUGAAAGGUCAUUAAAAGAGCCAGAAAACGAAAAGAUGAAAAAUACUAUCAAUUGGCAAAGAAUAACUGCGAAUCCUUCGUAAUGUGGUGUUUGUGUGACCUUAAUAUUAGCCUGCAAUCUACCCCCCUGGUUCUCUCACUCACCGAGAUUGGUGGUGGUGGUCUCAGGACGUUCUUCCAAAUGUGGCAGCAAGUACCUAAGGUGGUUACGGAGUGUAUUGAGAAAGGUCUGGGCCGCACCGCGUUCGGGAACGCGAUUGGUAAAGAAGGAAUGGAAGGCAUUUCAGGUACGGAUGCCCUAUACAGCUAAUACAAUUAAGGUUGUCCUUGCAAAAACGUAAACCUUAAACUCUGAGCGUGCAAUUUAUCAUAAACUUUGAAAUUUGGCUUUGAAAGAAUACCUAAGACAUAUAGAAGACUCACGAUAUAUAUAUAUAUAUAUAGUUUCGUACCACAAAAUGUGGCACUCUUCAGAUAAUUGAUUGUUGUACCUUAAUUUAAAUAUGCUCUGGUGCUCUGGUUUUGCAUUGAGCACUUUACCAAGAGUUUUUAUAACCAACGAAACCAAAUGUUAUAUAUAUAUGCGACGAACGUUUCAUUUUGAUACGCGAAUACACCCGGAAGUACGUGGAUUUAUCAACCUCUCUUCAAUAUGCGCAUGCUCGCCAGUACGUUUCGGUACGUACGGUUGAAGUGGGAAACUGGCUUUAGCCACGGUCAAACACGAAUGAGAGUUGAUAAGAGUUAGCAGUCACGAGGGACAUUUGUUACAAGGGACAUUUCUAGCUUCAGAUUUACAAAAUAACGUGAUGAGUGUUUCAACUAUACGAUUUAACUAAAAUAAAAUACAUGAUAGUAAUGCACAGGAAAGCAUCAAGAACAGCUAACCAAGGUCGCAUCCAUGGUCGUCCCCCAGUUUGUUGGGCAAACAAAGCCAGUCGGACAAUAUUCGCUUCACAGUCGGGCAAUAUUUAUUAUAAAAAUAAAUGGGACAAAUUCUGUCAAUUUUGUGGGAAAUUCUGUCAAUUUUGUGGGAAAUAUGCUAUCUAAUAGGAAUUUUUCGUAAUCAUUUGGAAACAAUUUCGAACAAUUUCGGAAAGUUUCUCCGGAAAAUUUUUUUGACAACUCGGGCACAAUCCGAAAAAGUCGGCCAAAUUUCUUUCCGCCCCCCUAAUUUUUUCCUUCCCGUACGCCCACGGUCGCGUCACUGCAAACUCUCAUGCACUCACAUCCUCGUUUGACCUGGGCUUUAUGUGUUGUUAAAAAAACCCAGACUUGCUACAAACGUACUGAGUUCUACGAAAACAUGGUGACAUGAAUAAAGAGGAAAAAUUAAUAGAUUUAUGCAGGGAUCGAACGAUUUCAUUUAGUUCCAUUUUCCCCACCGCAUGUAUAACCGAGGCAUAUAUAAUUACACUAAAUAUAAACAAUACCAAACUUUUGCGAAACCUCUAAAAUGUUUAAACGAUAAAAUUAAAGAUAUGCCUUACAAAUAUUUUCAAAAUUCCAAAAGAUCUCUUUAAGAUCCGAAUGAUCGAAUAAUAAAUCUCAUAAUCCUGAACUCAGGGAACACUAACCAAUCACAUUGCAGAACAAAAACAGAAAAAUCAACAAACGGCGCAUUGGCCAAUCUGCAUUAGGCCAAAAACAAUUUUAGCAAAUAAACGAAUGUCAAACGGUAAAAAUAGACUUGAAAAGUAACACUGCAGUUAAUGGCUUCCUAAAGCGAACUUCAUGCUUUCUUUUGAUUGGACGAGCUGUAGUUUGAUUAGUUUUCUAUUUUUGUUCUGCAAUCUGAUUGGCUAGGUUCUCUAAGUGGCUCCACUCACUGUGGACGCACUGUAAAAUAAAAUAAUUUUAACCUUCCAGGUCUUGGUUCAAUAUUUGGAGCGGCUCUCACAGCGAUUAUUGAAAUUGGGAUUGCAGCACAUACCAUUUACGAGGCGAAACAGAAAUGGAAUGAAGGAACGCUGAUAAGUUCCAGGGAAGAAUUCAUCAAGGAGGUUAUUGACGCGAUCGUAUUGGCUCUGUCUCGGUCUGGCGCCAGUAUUGGGGGUAUGAUUAUCGGUCAAUGCUUCCUCCCUAUCCCUUUUGUUGGCAGCUUCGUUGGUCUGUUAAUUGGAACUCUGGUUGGGCACAUUUUUGGAAAGGGAAUCUCGCAGGGCUGUUCAUCAUAUCUCGCUUCUGCUGUCGAUAAGCUUACGGAGGGUAAUACAGCUGGUGCGGGAACAAAAGUGGAUUAAGUCGGAUAUGUCAGGUGGCAUUAUUAUUACCAAAAUUGCAGAUGCCUCUUUUCGUUUGAGAAAACACGUCAUGUUUCACGUUAAAACAUUCAGCAAUUUUUGCUGCGAUUUUAGGUGCGAUUUUCGUCUUCUGAUGGAUGUAAAUUACAAGUGGAUGAGUUACGAACGUUUAGAUGAGGGUGCAUACAGCUAUUUCAUUUUAGGUUGUCCUCGGGCAAAGCGGAAAGUCGAAUACGAGCGCGAAAGGCUUGCUGGAAAUCGAAAAAAAUAAUAAAUUAAUGAAUUUUUAGCGAUUCCCAGCAAGCCUUUCCCGCUCGUAUUCGACUUUUCCGCUUUGCUCGGGGACAACCUUAAUUGAAAUAGCUGUAUACUAAGAACAUUCAUAACCUAUCUCCUCGUUCACAUCCAUCAGAGGAGGAAAAUCGCACCAGAAAUCGCAGCAACAAUUUCAAGUGUAAACGGGCCUUAAAGUCACAGUUCAGCCUUUUGAAUGAUGGUUUUUAAGGCGCAUUUUCAGCCCUUUUAAUUGAAAAAAACUAACCGGCUGGGAAAAUCAAUUAUGUAUAAUUCAAGAUCAGUGAACUCAAUGUUUUUAACAAUAAAAAGGUUUUAAAAUGUUAAAAACAUUACGUUUACUGAUCUUGAAUCAUUUUCCUGGUUAUUUUUUUCAAUCAAAUGGUCUGAAAUGCGCCUUAAAAACCAUAAUUAACUCCUUCUCAGCAGGGGCCAUUACGAGUAGAACGUGCACGUUCUACGGAUGUAAUUCGUUCAUAUCUUUGGUUCAGUGCACGCUAUGUAAAUGAAAAUACUACCAUUCGAUUCAGUAUAAAAAUAUACACUAAUUUAUAACGAUAGUUUUAGUCAGUGGCUAAAUUGUAGCGACUUAUGAGCUUUGAAAGUCAAGCGAGCUUGGUAUUUGAUCAAAUUACACAAUAUUACUAACAAAUUAUAAACGGUUAGCACUAUUUUCCAUCCAGCAAACUGACCUGGCGUCAUUUUCGCAGGUGUUAAAUGGCUAUGUAACUAACCCAAACCCUACCCCUACCCUAACCCCUAACCCUAACCUCAACCCUAACUCUAACCCUAACCGAAUUAAUGAAAAAAUCCAAAAAGAAACGACUUUACAAAAUCGAUAGGGCGGUUUGCUGGAUGGAAAAAAGUGUUAACCAUUAUAAACAUAGACAUACCUUUCGCCGAACAUAACUUCGGCCCCUUGAGACGUAUGCUCAUUCUGGUAGUCUUGCUGAAUGAAGCAGUUAAAAAUAACAUGUAUACUGUUAUUUUCAAGCUUCUAUCUUUAAAAUACGAGUUUUCGUGCCGAAUUUUGCAUUUCUGCCCCGAAUUUGCGUUAAUCCAACCGGAAAUACGACGAAAAACCGUCAAAACAAUGCGUAGUUUGUAUCGCGUGACUCUGGAAAUGCCAGAAAUGGAUUCUACAGGUCAAAGUGCACCCAUACGCGUGAGUUUGACGUCAUCCCGGCUAAAGGGAGCUCCUUAUUGGCCAAGUAUUACGUAAUACAAGUGCGUGCGAGUAAAACCCGAUACCUUGAAAAAUUCAAAAUAAAUAUUUCUACUCGCCGUAUUCAUACGAAACUUUCUACACUAAAGCGCUUGAAUACAAAGAGUAUUUUGCACAUAUAUCCUUUCAGAAAAUGACGCCAAAUUUUAGAAUAUAUUCAACUUUUUCUCUUUUUCCCAUUUGAAUGUUUGGCGAAGCCGUGAGUAUAAAUAUAUGAUUGUUUCGGUUUGUGUAAUGUUUUGACGGCACUUGACCCCCCGUUCGAAAGGUUAUAUUGUGAGGAUUUCAAUGGUAGCAUUUAUUUAAUAGGGGGGUAAAUACUCACCGAUAUAUUUAUAUUAGAAAAAUUGUAUCGAAAUGUAAUACGAAACCGGUUGUCGAGAAAGAGUUUUAAAAAGGCUGAACUGUGUCUUUAACGUCGUGAAAUCGACAUCGUGGCAAUGGCGACAUCUGACUGGUCCGCGAUAAAUUGUACUGAGAUUUGGUAAUAAUAGUUCGACAUUUCAUCAGAAAAAGGCGUAGAAAUGUAGUGUCGCAUUCCUGAAUGUUGUGACACUAAAACACGGCACGUUUUUUCGGGCAACACGAAGCAUCUGCUGUUUUUGUAAUAAAGCCCCGGUCAAACGAGGAUGAGAGUUGUGAAGCUAGUUUGUAUGACAGUUUUCUCAACACUUAUACGCUUGUCAAACGAGAGAGUUGACUGAAAUUUACUGAAACGAGAUAAAACUCUCAUCAAAUUGGAAGAGAGUUGCAACUCUUAUCCCACUCACAUCCUCGUUUGAGACCUGAUAACAUUCCUUACAUUAUGGUUGAAACUUAUUGUUUAAGAUCCGCUUUGUGUCAAAACAAUGUAGUUAUUCUGAAGUCGUCUCGAAACUGUGGGAGUUUUCCAUAAUAGACAGAUAUACGUAUUAGAGGGUGUCCCUAUUAGAGAUGUGUCCGUAUUAGAAAGAGGUCCAUAUUAGAAAAGUGCCCUAAUAGAGAGGUGUCUGUAUUAGAGGGGGGUCCGUAUUAGAGGGGUGUCUGUAUUAGAGGGGGGUCCGUAUUAGAGGGGUGUCCGUAUUAGAGAUAACUGUAUUAGAGAGGUGUCCCUAUUAAAGAGGUAUCUGUAUUAGAGAGGUGUCCGUAUUAGAAUGGUGUGCGUAAGGAAAGGUUCAAUUGUAUAUUUAUAAAUAAUUGUAUUUAAUUCAUUUAAUAAGAACCUGACAUCCGUACGACUAAAUAUAAAUACCGUUAUAUAAUGUACUGUUAUAUAUUUAUGUGUUUGUAUAUGUUACUUGUUAUCGUAAUAUUAAUUCGCUUAUUCAAAUUGUCACUUUCUAACCGUUCAUGCAUGUCUUCUUAUACCUUUGUGAUGUAUCCGUCAUGAAAAUUAAAGCAAUUAAACAUAUUGUAUCAUUUUAAUGGUCCAGCAUUCAAUUGAUCUUCUGUAUGCCCUAAAUCGUCCGGGUUUUUCCAAGCAGCCAAAAAUACUUUGCAGUUAACUUUGUGCAAUAUAUUCUGGUAAAACCUUUGCCGUAUCGAUAACGCAAAACCAUGCAAGGGGUUGUUUAAUCUCAUAUUAAUCUACAUUAUUUGUCUUCAUUGAAAUCUGACAGUAUAUCGGCCUAUUAAUUUUGCAAAAACUCUUUCUAAUACGGUUUGAGAAAUCUUGCUCGCAGAAUUGCAGCCCGAAAUGUUUGAAAAAUUGCAAAUCCAAUUUUGACCCAAAUAGACCUGUAUCAUGCUGUUUGAGUCAUGCUGUCACUCUUAAAUACCAGAAAUGAAAAAAGCAGGUCAAAAGUUAGUAAGUACACAAAUUGUGGUGGCUAUAUAUUUUAAAAACUGCGGCACUACUCUACUGGCAUGUUACAGAAAACUUAAUAAGGAAUGUAAGGGAGUCUCCAAAUUUUGUGUACUAAUUAAUUUUGUUCUGCUAUUCACAGAGUGCUAACAUCAAAUUUUCGACUCAAAAAGCGUGAUAAAGGUCUAUUAAACCAAACUUUUACCGAUUUAUCUUUGGGCUUGACCUACGCGACGGUCAUUAGCCGUAGCCAUUUAUGAACAAUCCUGGUAUAACAGACAAACAAACACCCACGAACAAACAAACAAUCAAAGCCGAGGUGAAAACAUAAACAUCAGGAAAAGCCAGAACUAAUCAUACAAGAUUUGACAUGAAACUUCUGUUCAUUAAUAAUAUAUUCUCCCUACUUCCCUAGGUGCCCAUAUCAAUCCUGCAGUAACCCUAGGGUUCGCGUCAGUGCAACGAUUCCCACUGUGGAAGGUUCCAAUCUACAUAUUAUCACAAAUGUUGGGAGGAAUUAUAUCUGCUGCUUUUGUUUAUGCCAUAUAUCACGGUAUGUACUGUAAAAAAUAUGUCUCGAUAUAUAACACCGAGCAGGGGGAAUGAUGGCCAAGGGGAAAUCCCCCCCCCCCGAGUUAGUAGUAGUAGUAGAACUUUAUUUAUCCACGCUGACCCCGUCAACCGUAGCUGAUUUCCACGGGGGGCGUGUGCCAGAAAAUUAUUUUACAUGCAGAAUAUGAUAAGGAUAAGCUAAGCUAUAACAGUAAUAUAUAAAUUUAAAAGAUAUAACAAAUGUUUUGAGUUAUUUACAGGUAAGUUAUAUUUACAAAGGUUACCAAGCACUAAUGUGAGCAGCGAUUUUAUUUCGAAAGGAAGAAAGUGACUUGCUUUCCCUAAUUUCUUUUGGUAUAGAAUUCCAAAUGUUUGCUCCGUCGUACAUAAAACUAUUUUUCAUGCUAUUUGUACGUGGUUUUGGUAAAUAAAGACCACUUGAGACAUCCCGAAAGUGGUAAUUAGUUUUCUCACUCUUAAACGAAAAUAGAUUUGUGAGUGAUUUUGGGCCCAUUUUGUUUAAUAACUUAUACAUCAUUCUUGCUUUAGUUUUCUUCCUUUCAGUUUGGAGUGGCUCCCAGCCCAAAGUACGUAAAGCAAUCGUAUAAUCUACGUCAUUGCUUAUAUUCAGAAUAAUUCUUGCCUAUUUGCAGUUUUUGCAGUCCUGGUAAAACUAGCAUUUUAAUGGAGAGGGAUUCUAUUACCUGAAAAAUACAAUCAAAAUUUCGACGUUUCGAGCGAAGACCCAUCUUCGGGAAGCUAGAGAGUUGUCUGCAUUAGAGAGGUGUCCGUAUUAGAAAGAUGCCGGUAUUAGAGAGAUGUCUGUAUUAGAGAGGUGUCCGUAUUAGGGAGAUGCCGGUAUUAGAGAGAUGUCUGCAUUAGAGAGGUGUCCGUAUUAGAGAGAUGUCUGUAUUAAAGAGAUGUCUGUAUUAGAGAGGUGUCCAUAUCAGAAAAGUGGUGCCAACUUCCCGAUUUUCACUAUUUAAAUGUCAUGGUUCGAGGUCUAAAAUUGCGUUGAGAAUUGCAGCAAAAAAUUGCCUAUUGCAACACGGCCUUAACGGUAUAAAUGGACUAUAUUGAGUCAACAUUGUUGACACACUAAAUUCGCAUCCCAUAUAUUAUUUCUCAAAGUGCGCCCUCCAGGCCAAAUGGUUAUCGUUUGUGCCAUUACUAUAUUUAAAAUUAUUGCUUAAGUAUCGUUAACACAACGUAUUACGUCAUUAUUUAGAUGCAAUUGAGGAGUAUGAUGACGGAACUCGACAGGUUCUCGGCCCGAAAGGCACGGCGGGAAUAUUUGCAACAUACCCGCACGAAUUUGUCAGCAACAUGACAGGCUUUUGGGACCAGGUAUUUGAGAUCAAUAAUUUUAAUAGAAUAGCUUCAGUAAAUGAUUUUCUAGAUACGAAACCUUUUAUCAUCUUACAAGAAGGUUUAAGGAGUUUGGAAUGUAUUUCUUAUUAAACUUCAUCUUGUCUUUAUAAUAUGGUAGGCUACCAAGCCGGUACGGUUAAGCGAGAUUCCGCUUCGUAUUAUCUGCAGUCUUGGUUAUCUGCAGUAUUUCCAAUAUCAACGGAACUAUCCAGGCUGCAUGCCUCACCUAACCUAGUCGAGUGUUGAUGCUUUGUUCACACAAUAUAAUAUUGCAUGUAAAUGGCAUUUUCUGCAUGGAAACAUUUCGAUCCCCAAAGUACUCUAUGAUUGUCUUUGUGGCUUAUAACAGUGAAAGUCCAAACCAGAAGAUGAAAGCCGAAGUGACUGAUAGACCUUUAUAAUUUCAGACCUUUAUAAUUUGUGCACGAAUAUAUCUUUAUUUGAUCUUGGCCGCAAUCACAAUCCUAUCCCAACCCUAUGUUGAUCGAAGCACGAGAAUAAAACCUAACUUUAUAAAAACCCUAACAAUUUUACACAUAUUUCUUUUAAUAGUUCUUCAGUACUGCAAUGUUGGUCGCGCUUAUAUUCGCUUGUGUCGACAAAAAGAAUGGCAAUAAACCCAGUCCAGGCUUAGCUCCUCUGAUCAUUGGCUUUAUUGUGUUUUUGAUUGGCAUGACAUUUGGUUAUAACUGCGGCUACGCCAUCAACCCGGCCAGGGAUCUGGGACCUAGAAUAUUCACCGCCAUGGCUGGAUGGGGAGGCGAAGUGUUCACGUAAGAGAUUAUACUACACUGAACUAACUUUUUGUACUGGAUAGCUCUAUUAUUACUAAAGGCCCGUUUACACGGGCGAUUUUUGCUGCGAUAUUAGUUGCGAUUUUCUCCUUUUGGAGGAUGCGAAGGAGUAGAUUACUUAGUGAUGUUGUUAUCAGAUUUCAUCACCUGGAACAUUUAUAACUGAUCUACUCCUUCACAUCCUCCAAAAGAAGAAAAUCGCAACUGAAAUCGCAGCAAAAAUCGCCCGUGUAAAUGGGCCUUAUCAAUCCAGAGGUCCAGAAUGGGCAAUCCCUUAUACGGCACUACUCUAGUGUUACUACAAUAGGAAAACCAAAACUAAGCUAACUUUAUUUAUACUUGAUAGUUCUAUUAUUCCUAAACUUCCAGAAGCACAAUCCGUCACUCGGCACUAGUUCACUGUUACUAAAGUAGGAAAUCUAAACUGAAUUAACUUUAUUUAUUCUGUUUUGGUUCAUUGGUUCUAGAAGUUUAGGGGAUUUUUAAUUUUUUUUUGCUCACUUCUUUAUUUUGACUUGAGUAAUUUAUAUAUUUUCACUGAUGAGAAUGUUAAACAGAAAUAGGAACAUUGAUAACUGAUAUUCCAAUUUAUAUGUACACAGAGCACAUGACCACUGGGCAUGGAUUCCACCAAUAGCGUGCAGUCUGGGUGGUAUUGCUGGAGCAUAUCUGUAUAUUUUUACUGUGGAAAUUCACCGUGAGCCAGAGAGUAUGGACAGCAACGGUGACACGAAUAAUGAACGGAUUGCUAUGGAAGACAAUCAGGUGUGUGGUUGGCCAGUUUUGCAGCCUUAUUUAUCUAUUAAUAAAACCGGGGAUGCUUCUUUUCCCUUGAAAAAAAAGUGUCUUGUUUUCACGUGAAAACAUUUAAGAAUGCAUGUGACUGCAUUCUUAAACGUCGUGAAAUCGAUAUCGUGAGAAUGGCGAUAUCUGAUUGGUCCGCGAGAAGUCAUGCCAAGAAGGCAUUCCUCCACGCAUGUAAACGCCACAAAAUACCUAACGCCACAUCCCAGUGGGGUUUACUAGGUAUCGUUGUGUGAAAUUAUACUCUGAUGAAGCACCUGUUAUGCAUGUUACAAGAAAUUUAAUUUGCACCCUACACCUCUUCAAGUAUGGCUGCCACUCAGAAGGUCACAUGCGUUUGGCUUAUAACAGAAAAUUUUAAUUUUCAGAAAAAUUAAGUUUGCAUGUUUUGGCAAAUUUGCGCAAUUUUCGCACAUUAUUUUAUUUAGCUAUUUUAUUUAUUUGUUUAUUUACUCAUAUUUACUUAUCUACUAACUUUGCAAAUAUAAGUUUGUAUAUUAUCCAGUAUUAUUUAUAUACAGUACGUAAAACAAUUAUUAAAAAAUGUCCGUGCAAUAUUUUUCAUUUUAUAGAACUGA